UCUGGCAACACUGGAGUCUAUAAACGUUUUGUGACAUGAAAAUUCAACGAGGACUGUGUACAUGAAUAAUUAAGAAAUUAAAAUGGUUUACAUGCAAUUCGUUUUGCAACCGCUUCCGGGCUCCGACGAACAGUUCAUUGAAAGAGUUCGUGAAGUAUCGGAAAGGGUCAACAGAUUUGGAUAUGGAACUCAUCGCAUAUUCGAGCAACUAAAAAUUUCUGUGAGAGAAGUCGUUAUUGGACCCACGCACAUUGGCGUUUUGCUGGAGGAUGGCAAGGCCUUCCGCGUGUCUUUUUCCAUCAACUCGGAGAAACUAGACUUAACUAAAUCAGACGCAAAAUGUUCCACAAGUGGCGGUGCCGGAACAGCCAGUGCCUCCAAAGCACCAUCUUCAUCGCGACCGAUGCCCAGGUCCAGAGCUCGUCUUUUGCGCGCAACAGGUCGCUCAAGUUCCACCGGCCAGGGUUCCGGAUCGCGCAGCACAGGUGUUAUUAUUGGAGGCAGUACCUCCAAUCGUCCCUUGGUCACUGUUCCGGCCACAUAUGUGCCGGAGGAGCUUAUUUCCCAAGCGGAAGUCGUUUUACAGGGCAAGAGUAGAAAUCUCAUUAUUAGAGAAUUGCAGCGCACCAAUUUAGAUGUUAACUUAGCUGUAAACAAUUUGCUUUCGCGCGAUGACGAGGAAGCCGAAGAUACCGAGGAAGGUGCCGAUAAUUACGUGCCUGAAGAUCUUAUCUCUCUGCUGGAUAACGGCUUUAGUGGAGAUAAUAACAGCGUCAUAAUUGAUCCCUCAGACGGACUCUUCUCUGAGGAGAUAUUUAGCAAUUAUUCCAGCAUUCGAAAUCUGCUGUUUGACCGCAUUCGCAGUGAGCGCAGCAAUGCCAACGCUAAUGCUGCGGACAGCAAUCAAUCGACCCGCUCCACAACCACGGGUGCCGCUUUAACCGGUGGCAGCGGAUUAUCAGCUCAAAUAUCAGUUAAUGCUGACCGCGAAGCCUUCAGUCGUUGGCGGGAUCGUCAGUACUACGGCCCACGGCGCUGGAUUAGCAAAGACGACUACACUUGGGAAAAGGACGCUGACUCCAAGAAAAAGGAGCCAUCCCCGAUGUUGUCUCCCAUUUGGAUAUCGGAGGAACUGCAACCAUGGCCGGAGAAGAGUUCUGUGAGGUUCAAGACCAUCGGGGCCUUGUAUUCAGAGUUCAUUGCACUGUCAGAGAGCGGAGAUUUGUACCAAUGGCGUUGGUCAGAUGCAGAGCCGUACAAGUCAGAGACGGAGAAUGUUUAUCAUCCAAAAACUUUGGCACUCAAUAUAACCGAAAGGGUGGAGUUGAUGUCCGCCAACUUUAUCAGAUGUUCCGUGGUUACCGAAACCAAUCGCGUGGCCACUUGGAUGGACGAACAGUUGGGCUAUCUGGGCGCGAAGCUGGAGCACAAUUCCAUCUCCUUCAACGAGUUCAUAUCUGAUCCCAUCACAAAGAUUUACGUCUGUUCGCUGUACACGGUUGUUAAAACCGACAGCAACAAUAUCUACUGGUGGGGAGUUCUGCCCUUUGAUCAACGCCGCUAUUUGUGGGAUAAAUUCCGGACAAAAACCAAGAAGCCAUUUAAGGUGGUCACUACCGAUAUAAACGUGGGCGCUCAAGUGAUAAUGAAGAAAUGCCCGAUCUACCAAUCUGGGUCCAUCGGAUUUACGUGCUCCAAUGGCGUUCCGAAGGUUGGACAGCUGCUAAACUCGGUUUGGAACUUCACCGAUGUUUGUCGCAUGAAAAUCAUAAAUAUUAUCACCAGUUCGGGCGUGGAGAAAUCGCAAGCCGCUAGCUUGAACUUGAAUGCGCAUGGAAAUGCAACGGAUAAGGAUCUACCAAAGACAACAACGUUGCCCAGUGCUGGGAGCAGUAAGAAUGGCCAGUCAUUCUCAAACAGCAAGGAGUCGACCGAUCGCAUAGACAUGCCACCUCCUCCGUCGCCGGCAUCGAGCACAUGUAGCGACACCGGCAGUGUUACAUCGCACAAGCGCACCAAGCGAGUGACCACAAAAGAGGACUCGAGCCCCCAGGAGGGCAGAAAGGAUGAGGAGCUGUGGCAGCUAAAGGACGUGGUGUUUGUCGAGGACAAAGUGGGUCCUGUCGGCAAGGUGCUCAAGGUCGAUGGAGACUUUGUGGCCGUUCGGUUCCCGGCGAUGAAUGCAGCUGCCGCUGCAGUCGCUGCUGCUGCCUCCGCCACUGCAAGUUCCUCCUCCUCCAAUUCAGCCUCCACCUCCAAGGAAGAAGGCAAGGAGGACGACUGGCAGCAGUGUCGCCUGCUACGUCGCGAGGAUGUCCAGAUUUUCCGAACCGCUAUGUCUACUCGCGGUCCAGACUGGUUGCAGAAGCAGCCAAAGAAGAUAAACGUCGGCGCCGAUGCGGCUGGCGCACAAUUGCUUACCCUGGCUGUGGAUUCGCGUGGUAUUCAUGUUAUCAAGAAGGUACUUGGCAAAAUCCACUACAGCCUGUACAACCUGUAUAACAGCAAACAGGAGCAAAACUGCCUGUUCCCAACGGACUGCUCCUCCUUUAUUGGCGCCUCGCCCAGCAACAUCAUGAUGGCCUGUAACAACGACUGCAGCGGAAACAACAGUACCAUUGUGCUGCGCGAUGGAAAUGGAGCGCUCUAUCCCUUGGCCAAGGAUUGCCUUGGAUCGAUCAAGGAUCCCCAGUGGUUUGAUCUGCCGCCGGUGAAGUCCAUCACAAUGUCCACAAUAUCGCUGCCGGCAAUGGUAUCGGGCGUCAACCUGAAGUCAAAAGUGUGCAUGACGGCCCUGCUUUUCGACACCCAGAAGCUCAUGCCGCACAUCUUACGCUGCGAUGUCAAGAACAGCUUUGCCGCUCUGAGCCGCUUGGAGAGGGAGGAUCAAGCUGACACGGCUUUGGUUGUGGAGGAACGUUGCGACGGAGCCCGAAACAUUUUCCAUGCUUGCGUGAUUAUGUGCGCACCAUCAUCAAACAAGGACUCACCGCCAGAUUCACCUAGCGGUGGCGUAGAGAAGAAAUCCUUAGCAGUUGGACUCUCAGUGGCACGCUCGAUCCCAACGGUGUCCACCAGUGCGUAUGUAAGCAGCAACGCUUUUGGAGCAAAUGCUUCGUCGAGCAAUGAAAACUCCAGCUUUGCCACUAUGAGCUCCUCAGCCGCGGGAUCUUCGUCCUCGGGAAGCAGGGAUAAUCGAAUCAACAUGCGCGACAUGAUGCAUCGGCUAAUUAACACCGAUCAAGCGGAACAGUCGGGCAGUCAGCCAAUGGCUACCAACAACGACGAUCACGCCUAUAUCCCCUGGCCAGCUGAGUCUCCGGCCGCCAGUAAUCUGAGCGCCAGCUCUUCGCAAAACAUCGCGGACAGCAUUGAAGAUGACAUUUCAAAGAUAAUUCCGUCCUCCUCACAGAGUUCCAUGCUCGCCAACAUCAAGUUGGGAUCGCCCAACUACACUUUCGAUCUGGCCCAGCGCCGCGAGCAUGCAUUGUUGAUCCUACAGCAGAUGUGCGUAAGCCCCGCCCUGCGUCCGUACCUCUGCCAGAUGCUGAGCACCAAGGAUGCCCAGGGCCAGACACCGUUCAUGCUGUCCGUUUCGUGCCGCGCCUACGAGGCAGGCAUUAUACUGCUUAACACCAUUCUCAUGCUGUCCGAACAAGAUCCGCAGCUUAAGGAAGCCAUGAUUUUCCCCAGCGGCUCCCCGGCGGAUCAGUCGCCCCUGCAUGUAAUCUGCUACAACGACACCUGCUCGUUCACAUGGACCGGAGCCGAUCACAUCAACCAGAACAUAUUCGAAUGCAAAACCUGCGGCCUGACUGGCUCUCUGUGCUGCUGCACGGAGUGUGCUCGCGUCUGCCACAAGGGACACGAUUGCAAGCUGAAGCGUACAGCACCGACGGCCUACUGUGAUUGCUGGGAGAAAUGCAAGUGCAAGGCCCUGAUCGCUGGCAAUCUCACCAAGCGCUUCGCCCUGCUUUGUAAGCUGGUCUCCUGCACAGAUUUGGUCACAAAGUUCAACUCAAAGGGCGAAUCGAUUCUGCUCUUCCUCAUCCAGACGGUCGGCCGUCAAAUUGUCGAACAGCGUCAGUAUCGCUUCAACGUGAGGGUUCGCAAUGUUGGCACCGCUGCCAGCGGAACGAACGGCAGCAAUACAGUAAUAUCGAAUCGCAAGACUUCCGCAGCAGAAAUUGAUACAGAUAUGCCAGACCACGAUCUGGAGCCGCCGAAGUUCGCCCGCAAGGCCCUGGAGCGCCUGCUGAUUGACUGGAAUGCGGUGCGUUCAAUGGUUAUGAGCGGAGCGGAGAAGACCGAGGUGAACGUGCCGAAUCCGACCGGCAAUGCCUCCGAAAACUCGAACUCUGAGGGCUUCAACAUGUUCAUUCAAACGCAGCAUGGCUCCACGCUUCUGGAUAAAUUUACCCACAGCUUGAUUGUAAAGUGCACUGGCGACCAUUUGGACACCUUGCUGCUCACCCUGGUACGGGAAUUGCAGAACGUCAGCGUGGCUAAUCGCUGUAAGGAGGCUGAAGAAGUUGCACGCCGUUUUGUGCGCUCUGUGGCAAGAGUGUUUGUCAUUUUUAACCUGGAGAAGCAGCCGAAUCCGGAGAAGCGCAAGACGCACACCUCGUGCAACAAAUACGUUCAGAGCUGUGUGAAAGUGUUUCAGACGCUGCAUAAGAUCUCCAUCGAGGAGCUGUGCGAGGUGUCCGAAGCGCUGAUCGCUCCAGUCCGUCUGGGCGUUGUGCGGCCCACAGCUCCGUUUACGAUGUCAUCGUCGAACUUGGAUAACUCGGAUGAUUUGUUCAGCGUGGAUCCUUUGGCACCUUCCAACGUGGAGUCUCCUUCUGAACAAAUACUAGGUGGACACGAUACUGGCAACGAUCAGAGUGCCAGUUUUAAUAUUCAACAAAACUACGAUGUAGUUGCAAUGGAAACGAUACGCGACGCCUCCGAAUCGGAAGAAGUUAUUAAUCGGGAAACUAAUUCCCACAAUCAAGACGAUGAGUUAAUAGAAAAUCAACGAAAUGAGGACGGCAUGCAAGAUGAUGAGAGCGAUAAUGACUUUACUUUCAAUGACGCUGAGACUGAGUCUGACUCCGAUGACAACCAAAGCAAUCAGGAAGUGCAGAGAAGCGUUCAAACUGGAGCAACAGUUGGCUCAGAAAACGAUAUUGGUGUUCUGUUCCUGGAAGAUGAAUCGGGCGACUCUUCGGCUCAAGAAGAAGAUGGUUCGGAGGAUGGCGAGUCCGACGACCAUUCCGAUGAAUUCAACUUCAAUGACCAACAGCUUGAACGUCGCAGCAACAACUCCAACACUCGCAGCGAUUUGGCUCCCCAAACGAUGCAAUGGGCAAUUAGAAAUCGUGACACCGCCCGCUCGUCCGUAAGGGUGCCAACCGGAUCAAAUUUGGUCUUCAUUGACCCGAUGGCGCUGCGGCGAUCCACUGUACCGGCCACCACAGCGGUCACCACUCCCUCGAUCGAACCACACACCAUGGCCACCACGGCCAGCAAUUUGGCUCGGGCUUUCGGGAUCACCAUAAGACAGAUAUCGGAGCUGAUAAGCAUUCUAUCCUACAACAUUGUGAACGACAUUGAAACUUCAUUGAAAAUUCAAAGCGAUGAGGCAAUUGCAGUUCAAGCAUUCGUUGAAAAGCGUUUGAAGGCUACAUGGGACUGGAUGUUCACGGUAAUGGACGGUACCGAGGCACAGUUAAAGUUUGGUGCCUACUUGACCAACUACACGGAUCCUAACCAUCCGCUGCAUCCGCUUAACCUUAGUGCCCAGGCUUCAAGUAGCCAAACGCCUGCUCCUGCAACAUCCGCGACUGUUGGAGUGAAUGUGAUGGGAUCCAAUUCACGGCGUGAUUUCUUUACCUACUGCUUGUCUCUGAUGCGUGCUCACACUUCGGAGCACAGAGAUGCUCUACCAGUGUUGGAUAUUACAGCUUUACGUCAUAUUGCCUACGUCCUCGAUGCCUUUGUUUACUAUAUGCGCAACGACACGGGCUUCUAUGACAAACAGGACACCAUUUCCGGCCGCAUAAACAAUCUGUCGCCCAUGGUUGAGAGCUACGAUACGGACGAGGAGUUGACCAACCUGGAAGACUUCAAUCCGGAUGUUCAGCCCUCGACCAGUAGCCUUGCUUCGGGAGGUUCAGGCACACGCCGUCAUGCCUUCUUCGCGCGAUCGGAAUCGACUCUUAGCUUGGGUUGCUCGGCGCCAGAGGGCUUCGAUCUGCCACUGGAUAUGGCCAUGCCAUUAGCCGAUAAGCCUCACCUGCUGCAGCCAAAUUCGAAGCGACAGGAGCUCUUCGCCAACCUACCGCUGCUCGUAAACCCGAGUGCCAGCAACAGCGCUCCUAAUAAUAAUGGUGGCAGCCUUUUUGAAAAUACUCCCACCAGGCUGGGAUUCUCGAAUUCCUUGAAAAGGAACGAACAUGUUUAUGAAACAGUCCCAGCCAAACAGUGUGUGGAGGUAAUAAUCAAUAUGGAUACCAGUAAGACGGGUGAUGGAAAUGCAACUUAUAAGGCUGAGGGCUCUACGGACUCUAAUAUCUACGUACAAUUGAAAAAGAAACAGGGUUCGGAUGAUUUUAAAUCUCACAAAGAGGCUGAUGGAAAUCACAGCAAGUACGAUAAAGUUGUGCUAAUGGAGACUGAUGAUAGCCUUCCAAGUACCAGUAAAUCGACUGAAGCGCUAAUGGCUACAAGGCCAGAAGUUAUUAUUGCACCAAAUAAAGCCUCAGUGUCGCCGGCGACUGCAGCUCGCAGCGUUAUUGUUCUUGCAGGUGGUUCUUGUUUAAAGACGAUUGAUUCGGACUUGAACAAUUUCUCUGCUUCAAAUUUGUCGACCGCAGAACAAGCUAAAUGUGAUACACAUCAUCAAAAGUCGACGCCACACCACCCGCUAAGCUUCCCAGCUCGCGGUUCUCUGUUUUACCAAAGUAACUUCUCGGAAUCGCCGUCGUGGAACUUUUUGUUAAGUCGCUGGAAGCUAACAUUGGAUUUAUUUGGUCGCGUCUUCAUGGACGAUGUGGGAAUGGAGCACGGCUCUGUGCUGCCGGAAUUGCGCGGUUUUCCGGUCAAGGAGAUGCGUUUCCGUCGUCACAUGGAAAAACUACGCAACGGCCAACAGCGCGACUUGGUGCUAUGCAAACUUGAGCGGAAUCGUGAAAGUUUAAUUGUUCAAACGUUCAAGGAACUGAACACCAAUUUCGGCAACCAAAACCGACGAGCCCAACCACCAAUCACGUUUAACAGAGUGAAGGUGACGUUUAAGGAUGAGCCGGGCGAGGGAUCUGGAGUAGCCCGCAGCUUUUACACAUCGAUCGCCGAGGCACUGCUUGCCAGUGCGAAGAUCCCGAACCUUGAAUCGGUGCAAGUGGGAAGCAGUCACAGCAAGUAUGGAGUGCCGUUCUCAAGCAUCCUGCGCAGCAGAACGGUCUCCGGGUCAACUCGUGAUCAGUCCACUCUGCAAAGGCGUGGCACAAGCAGCAAGAUACUUUGGCGCUCAGCUCGUGAAAGAAAGGCUUUGAAUUUGGAUGCCAGACCAUACACACCAAUGAAUAAUACAGAUAAUGCCAUGCCGGAAAGCGUGAAUGAUCAUUUGUCUGUUCACCUACAGCAAAUUGGAGAACGUCUGUACCCCAAGAUUCACUCGAUUAACCAAACGCAUGCACCGAAGAUAACAGGAAUGCUGCUAGAGAUACCUACCCCUCAGCUCCUCUCCGUAAUUUCCUCAGAUGAGACACUUCGUCAAAAAGUGAAUGAAGCAAUAGAAAUAAUCACAUUCAAACUCAAAUCUGAGGCCAGUGCACAAAGUAGUCAACCAAAAAAAUCACCAUCAGUCGUUCUGGUCGAACCCGUAGAUGACGAUAAUGAGCCAUUAUUUUAUUCUCCGGGCAAGCGGGGCUUUUAUACACCGCGCCAAGGCUUUGCUUCAUUCGAACGCAUAAAUGCAUUUAGAAAUAUUGGGAGACUAAUUGGACUUUGUCUACUGCAAAACGAAUUGCUUCCAUUGUUCCUGCAAAGACAUGUGUUGAAAUACAUUCUUGGGCGUAAAAUUAAGUUCCACGACCUGGCAUUUUUUGAUCCAGCAUUAUACGAAUCUUUUAGGCAAAUUAUUCAAAAUGCCCAAACAAAAGAAGGCGAAGAAACACUGAAUCGAAUGGAGCUUUGCUUUGUGAUUGAUUUAAUGAAAGAGGAGGGUUGUGGCAACCGGGAACUAAUUCCAGGAGGACGUGAGGUAGCGGUCACAUCGAGUAACAUAUUCGAGUACAUUAGACGCUAUACAGAAUAUAGACUAAUCAAAUCCCAAGAAAAGGCACUUGAGGCAUUAAAAGACGGAGUUUUCGACGUUUUGCCUGAUAACAGCAUGAACAGCUUAACUGCUGAGGAUUUGCGUCUCCUGCUGAACGGUGUCGGUGAUAUAAAUGUUUCAACUUUGAUUUCAUAUACUACCUUUAACGACGAAUCUAGCGAGGGUCCGGAUAAACUUUUAAAAUUUAAGAAAUGGUUCUGGAGUAUUGUUGAGAAAAUGAAUAUUAUGGAGCGUCAGGAUUUGGUGUAUUUCUGGACCGGAUCGCCUGCGCUUCCAGCUUCGGAAGAGGGAUUCCAACCAUUGCCAUCUGUAACCAUACGGCCUGCGGAUGACUCUCAUCUACCGACUGCAAAUACGUGUAUAUCUCGGCUGUAUAUCCCGCUGUACUCCAGCAAGUCCAUUUUACGCAGUAAAAUGCUGAUGGCCAUUAAAUCCAAAAACUUUGGAUUCGUAUAAGCGAUUGGAACACCUUUUUAUGUGUAUAAGCUUCAAAUUAAUUUCUUAAUUAAUUUUAGAAUUCUUUGAGUUUUGACUUGUCAUGUUUAACCAUACCAUUCCCAUUUUGGAUUAUCUAUUGUUUAAAAUUUUCUUUCGAAUUUGAACAAUUAAUACGUAACAUUAUUCAGAGCGAUUGGCACGGGUCUGACGGUCUGGCUUGCCCGAACCUUGUAGUAAAAAUAUGAAGUUUCCAAACCACAAAUGUAACCAAGAAAACGGCCAAUUAGGUAUUAGGAAGCCUAUGUUUUAAUUAUUAAACUUUUAAAUAAAAUAUGUUUUCUAAAGUAUGACUUAUGCACAUGUAUAUUUAUCUAUAUCGAUUCAAUAGAAACUUGAGAAAUAAAUAAUAAAAAUAAGUCCACCUAAUGAAAAUUAUGUA